AUGUCCAGUUUAAUAUCAUUUAAUUCUUCAGAAACCAUAUCAUUUUUGGAAUUAUUCAUCAUAUUUUUGUUCAUUAGUCCAGCGAUAUUCGUAAGAAUCGUCACCAUUUCUUCUUCUUCUGAAAGUUCCAAUUUAUCUGGAACUUUAGAUAUUACUUCAGACAUUAAAAUUCGCUUUAAACAAUACUUUGAUCAACUUAUGAAGGUGAAGAAUUAUACUUUUAAUGAGAUGUGCUACUCAGUAGUAAUUGAUAUUCAUAGUCUUCGAAGAAAUAUUAAGACUUUAACAGUGAAAAAUUUUUAUAAUAGUAUUAGUGGUAGUAAAAUUAGCACAAUUAAUCAGAUAAACGUAUAG